GAUUGACAUUUAUGUAGAGAGAAUUUCGAAUAUUCCUCCAAGCGCGUGAAUCAACGCCGCCAGCGACAUCUUCGGACGAAAAACGAAAUCAUAGCCAGCCGGUAUAAUAUUUGCGAGCCGAUCAACGACGAAAGGAUCCGAAUCUAACCGAAUUUCUUCGCCGUGAUAUUAGCCACAACAAAAAAUUAGUAACAUUCGCGUAAAAACUUUUCGGAAAUAUAUAUUUUUCACGUUCUUUUUGUGAUUCACUAUAGCUACCGAGAAUAUAGUGCUUCGCGACAUUAAGUUUUGAAAUCCAAGCAAGGUUCAUUGCAACAUUGGUCGUCAACAAUGGCAGAUGAACAGCAACAGUUUUUUCUUAAAUGGAAUGAUUUCCAAUCUAAUAUGGUAUCGUCGUUUAAACACUUACGAGAUGAAAAAAGUUUUACGGAUGUGACGUUAGCUUGUGAUGGUCAAACUUGUAAAGCACAUAAGAUGGUGUUAUCUGCUUGUAGUCCCUAUUUUAAGUCUUUGUUAGAGGAAAAUCCGUCCAAACAUCCCAUUAUAAUUCUAAAAGAUGUUGCAUACAGUCAUCUUCAAGCUAUUUUGGAGUUUAUGUAUGCAGGAGAAGUUAAUGUUUCGCAAGAUCAAUUGCCUGCAUUUCUUAAAACUGCUGAUCGGCUUAAAGUAAAAGGAUUAGCAGAAGCACCAGGUGCCAUUAAGAGAGAGGGUUAAAGUUAUACUUAUAGUUAUGGAUAUUGGAAAGCGUGUGGACUAAAAAGAAAAGUGUAAUAAUGUAAAGUGAUUACGUAAAGACAUAUACCACACACCAUAAAAACACACGCUAUGUGUGCACAACUCAGUGUCCUCUGGUUCAUGACUUGGAUCAACACACAGCGACAAUGUAAAUUGCCUUUUCUUCAUCUCAGUUAAUGUUAAUGUUGUAUUGAAUGUAUGUAUACAAAUAUGGUAGGGACGAAAUGUUGAUGUUUGUCUUGAACCCGUUGCGCCAUGCAGUGGCGACAACACAUUGAUUAUUUUUUUAAAACAAAGUGCUGCAGAAACUAAUAAGUGGGUCACCAUAGUUUACAAUACACGGGACAGUUUUGUGGAUCAAAUGGAAAUGUUAAAAGACAUCUUUACAACUGCUGUUUUUAAAAUGGAUCUACUGUCUCACUAUAUUUUCCUAUCGGUGGUUCCAUGGUAGAUCUGUUCACGAGGCAUUAAAAUUUCUUAAAUCUGUACCAAAUAUCGGAUAAGCACAACCUUUUUACCGUUUUCUUCUUUACGGAGGAUAGAGCAAUAUUUUAUUGUAAUAUAAAAACUAAAUAUAUUCGAGAAAUAAGAGUUUAUGAUACUGUAAUUGUAAGCCAAUGUGUUAAUAUAGGAGAGCAAGAAAUUUAGAUCGUAUCGUGAAUAGAUCUGUCAAUACCCCGAUAAUCCCAUGAAAGAAUGUUAAAUCAAGUUUACUGGAAGUUGUAACAUGCGUGUCGUUUAUUGCUCUCUUUUAUUAUCGACAGUAUGUUUAGUUAGGUGUAUGUACACGAUUAUUCCUCAAAUUAUUGGGAUAUAAAACAACUCUUGUGUGGAUAUAUCUGUGGUAUCUCUUGUAGUUCAAGAAAUAAUCGUGUAUAUAUAUUCAACCAAAUAUAGUGUUCGUGGAUUGAUAAAUCGUGUCGUUUCUCACCGGUUAAUAUUCGCAAUUGGCACGAGAAUAAUUGUUUCGUUCAUCUUUUAUUCAGUCGGUACCAGUUACCUCUUCUAGUGAUCAUGAUUUUUUUACUUAACCAAAUACUGCCAGUAUUUAUACCGGCGUAUUCACAAUAUUACCGAUAGACCAAAUUUAUUUAUGAUAAUAAUAUAUUAAGGGUUGAAUGUCUUAAAUCGAGGGAAGGUUAUUGUAAUAUAAGCGAAACAAAUUUUUGUAAAGUCGGAGCGCACAGUUCCUUUCCCCUCCCGUUGGAUCAGAAUAAUCAGAGUUAAAGGCAAAAAAGUCAGGAAACAUUAUCGAGUCAAGAACAUGUGUAUUGAUACGUGUUGUACACAAAAAUAUAAAAGUACCAUUUUAUUUGUUAUAUAAUCACGAGUCAAAGAACUUUGGCUACUUUUACUUCGAAGCACUAAUUUUAUAAUUCUCAUAAGUUGAUGGAUUAUGAUUUUGCUUUAUUAUUUUCUUAUUUCUUAAUAUAUUUGAUUCAAUUCUUGA